GGCAGGCUCUGGGCCAGGCGCGGUCGGGACGGCGGCGCGGGUCCCCAGGUCCCAAGCAGCGCGCUGCGCCAGGCUGCUGCCGCCCAUCCAGCUCCGCAUCCGGGCCUGGCAGCGCCGCGCUCGGCUCGGAGGGCGCUCGGCGGCGGCAGAGUCCCGUGCUCGGCAGGGGCGAGGGGAGCCGCGGCCCCCUCCUCCGGCCCAGACGGAAGAGGAGGCGAGCAGGCGAGGAGCUGGGGCAGGUGCAGGGCGGGGGGCGCCUCUCUCUGGGCGUUCUCCGCGUCGCGCGCUCCCCGGGGCGGGGUGGCCCCAGACCCUGGCAGCCAGCAGCGCUGUGUGCCCCGCUUGUUCCAGGGGUGCGUUAAACACCGGGCACGAGCUGCUCAGCCGGGGUCACCGCACUCCUUCUUCCCCUUUCCCGAGAGCCGGCGGCUUGAGCUGGAAGCCAACCCCAGCCGGACGUGCGCUCCUAUAAAUAGCGCGCGUGUGCCCGCCUCGCGCUCUCCCGGCUGCGCGAGGACAGAGAAAGUUGUGCGCAGGGACUCCGGUCCAGCGGCAGAGGUAGGAGGGGACCCCGCCGGCGGAGCCGCCCUGCACCUUGGAACUGAUCCCGCGAAUCUGUGCUUUCCGUGCUGGGGACCUGGCUAGCGCUGCCUACCUGCCGACGUGCGAGAGACACCAAGCCUUGGGGAAAUUUUGACCAAGCCAAAGUGGGAGUCGCUGGCGUCCUGGCCAUGAACACAGCCUCCGGUUCUUCCCAGUCCGGGAAACACCUUCUGCCUCUGUAAUUGGUCCCUGCCGCGAGGCAGACGCGUACGGGAGCGACACCGGCACCGCUCGGCAUCCACCUACCCGUGGCUUCUUUGAGUCCCCUUCGUUUUUCCUGCUCCGUGAUACCUGGGGGUGCUUGGGUUGGGGUGAGAAUUUAUUAUCAUUUUCCUCUUUGAGGUGUGAGUGUGAGGGUUUGGUGACUGUUAGAUGCCUAGGAACAAGGGUGGGUGCAGGGGCCCUAGGCAGGGCUGAUUCUUGGGCGGAGGGUGGGGUAGGGGUUCUGCAUGAGCUCCUUAAAGGACAAAGGUAGCAGAACCAGCGAGAGAGCGCGAGGGGAGACUUUGACUUCAAACCACAGAAUUGGUGGAAGUGUGUGCGCCGCCGCCGCCGCCGCCGUUCCUGCAGCGCUGUCGAUCUAGCUACUGGCACCUUCCCGAGCUCCGGGGUCCCGGGGUAGGAGGCGACGCCGGCGAGCAGAAGCGCCAGCCGGCUGCGGCUGCCCACGAGGCUCAUCAUGGGCUCCGGGCGCCGGGCGCUGUCCGUGGUGCCGGCCGUGCUGCUGGCCCUCGUCCUGCCCGGUCUGCCCGUCUGGGCGCAGAACGACACCGAGCCCAUCGUGCUGGAAGGCAAGUGCCUCGUGGUGUGCGACUCGAACCCGGCCACGGACUCCAAGGGUUCCUCUUCCUCCCCUCUGGGGAUCUCGGUCCGGGCGGCUAACUCCAAGGUCGCCUUCUCGGCGGUGCGGAGCACCAACCACGAGCCGUCCGAGAUGAGCAACAAGACGCGCAUCAUUUACUUCGAUCAGAUCCUAGUAAAUGUGGGUAAUUUUUUCACCCUGGAGUCUGUCUUUGUAGCACCAAGAAAAGGAAUUUACAGUUUCAGUUUUCACGUAAUUAAAGUCUACCAGAGCCAAACAAUCCAGGUUAACCUAAUGUUAAAUGGAAAACCUGUCAUAUCUGCCUUUGCUGGGGAUAAAGACGUUACUCGCGAAGCAGCCACGAAUGGGGUGCUGCUCUACCUAGAUAAAGAGGAUAAGGUUUACCUAAAACUGGAGAAAGGUAACUUGGUUGGAGGCUGGCAGUAUUCCACGUUCUCUGGCUUUCUGGUCUUCCCCCUAUAGAAUGGAUUUCUCCACGGUAUUCAUCCUUGAGGGGCGGCCCACCCCUGAGUUUCUGGAAGGUCAUUUCCUCAUCGUCGGAUUGAUGUCUUUUCUUGGUUUCUCAUGGGUGAACAUGGAUUCUCUUUAAGGAUUCUAGACCUGUCUGAACCAGUACCAGGCUCCACAGAUGACGUGUGUGUGUGUGUGUGUGUGUGUGUGUGUGUUUCAGUCUUGGAUCGGGACUCACAGAGGUCGAUACCUAUCUACGCUUAAGUGUAACAAUUAAAAGCUGUCUGCAAAGUUUAUUCUGAAUUUAAUUUCCUGAAUUCGUUGCAGAUGUGGCAUUUUGUUUCUUUCAUUUUCAAAGACCAGCAGCCAGGUCUGAGAAUUUGAGAACUUUCGAAAAGUUCUGACUUCAAGCAACAAUUAGUGGGAUACUGCCAAAGAGUUGUGUGCUGUGUUGAUACACUGGUUACACUUGUUUUGGUUCUUUUGGAAUCAGUUUGUUUGGUUCUCUUAAGGUAACUGCUGGCUUUGUGUCUUCUCUGCAAAUAGGGUAACGGCUUGCCCGAACAUUUUCUCUCUGAGCUCACCAACAUGACUUUCCUUAAAGUAAAAAAGAAUGCUUCAUAGUUGUAUUUUAAUUAUAUAUGUGAAAGAGUCAUAUUUUCCAAGUUAUAUUUUCUAACAGGAAGAGUAGAUCAUAAAUCUAACAGAAAAAGUUGCUCACCCAAAUUCUAAGCGCUCAAUCCUCAAACCCCCACGAAACCGCUCUCCUCCACAAGAAAUCUUAUACUUUAUUGCUUACUUUAAUUAACGUGAUUGAUAAUAACCUCUUUAUUAAAACCCUAAGGGAUUCUUUUUUCCUUAGACAUGACCACUUCAUUAACUGGAGAUGGGAUACCCUUGUUUUUAAUUAUACCUAUUUUUCAAACCUUCUGUUGUGUUUUGAAGUAUCAUCUGGUUUUGCCUUAACUCCUUAAAUUGUAUAGAUUGAUCUGUUCAGCUACUAUUAAAUCCAAAUAUCCCAUAUCUAAACUUAGUGCAAUAUCUUAUUUUGUCUUUUGUACAGGUCGUAUGAAUUCAUACAAUUAUUUAUGUCUCUGUUAUAGAAUAAAGGUUAAUAUACGUUCGUUGAA